AUGGACGUCGACGUAUCCAAGGCGCGCUCAAUACUUCCAGAAGAAAGAGCACUUGAGGGCGGGACAAGGAGACAGAGUCCGUUUCGUGAACCAAAUAGGAUGAAGGUCACGAUAAAGAUGAUCAGGGACGCGUGUGGAGAGUCGAGAGACCAAGGGCGGCUAGUAAUCAACGAGAGCCAGGUGUUCACGGUCGAGCUAUGCGGGAUGCUGACAAGAAUCGAACAACAUGAACGGUGGAUGGACUAUGAGAUAUACGAUGGCACCGGCAGCAUAAGAUCGCGUAUUUGGGAGGUGACCAACUACAACUCCGUGACUGAACACAUGUUGAGCGUCAUACAUGAGCAUCUGGAGCUUGGACACCGACUCAGUUCAAACAGAAUUGUAGACAGAAUGGGGACAAAGGCGCAAUUAGACAUCGACAAGGAAGGUGUUCUCAUGCUACUUUCAAGUGAUGAGGAAAGGGAAAAGGAGGAUGGGUUGACGGAGGAUUACAUCAGGGCGAAAAUGGGCCUAGAUAGAGACAACAUGAGGAAGGUCCUGGAUGGAUUGAUCAACGAAGGGCUAGUUUACAACACGGUGGACGAGUAUCACUACAAGAUGGCAGGGUAG